CAAGCUGACGUCGCCGUGGCCGCAUCUCGAGCUUCAACCUCCAGACUGCCCCUCUCACCGCAUUCGCCCGACGAAGGCGGUAUUCGAUACCUUCGGUGCCUUAUAUACACCACCAACAUCUCCAAACUGUUCCAAUUACCCCUCUCUCUCUCUCUCUUCUACAACCUCGUAUAGCUGGCCCUCCACCCUUAGGUCGCCAGAAUGCAGUCUGGCAUCUCAGCCUCCCAGGAGCUCGUCUCCCAGUUCAAUACCCUCCUGUCCUCGGACGACCACUUCGGCCUCCUGGUCACGAUCGACUCCGAGAAUCUCCAACCCGUCCAGUUCCUGUCCAAGGCCUCGCCCUCGGCCUCCUUCGACGACAACCUCGCCUCCCUCCAACCUCACCUCAAGCCCAAUGAAGCACUCUAUGCCCUCCUUCGCCGCUACGACACGGCCCCGCACCUGAUCGCCGUCACCUACGUUCCCGACUCGGCCAAGGUCCGCCAGAAGAUGCUCUUCGCCUCCACCCGCCUGACCCUCGUCCGCAAGCUCGGCUCUGAGCAUUUCCGCGAGUCCAUCUUCGUCACCACCCCCGAAGAGCUCUCGGCCAAAGGCUUCGCCAAGCACGAUGCCCACACCGAGCUUGAGGCUCCCCUGACCGAAGAGGAGCGCAGCCUCGGCGCCGUGAAGCAGGCCGAGCAGGAGGCGAGCACCGGCACCGGAACCAGGGAAAUCCACCUGAGCAAGACCUUGGCCAUGCCUAUUUCCGAGGAGGCUCUGGCAGCCUUGAAGGAGCUUUCGUCAAACAGCGCCGAGGUACUGGUCAUGUUGAACAUCAACCCCGAAAAGGAAUCCGUGGAGCUUGUCCCCUCGAGCGAGCGUCCUGCCUCCAUCUCCGAACUCACCCAGACCAUCUCUGCCACCGAGCCGCGCUUCACCUUUUACCGCUUCACCCACACCCACGAUGGUGUCGAGUCGAGCCCCCUGAUCUUCAUCUACACCUGCCCUGUGACUCCCGGCAACAAGUCCAUCAAGAACCGCAUGCUGUACCCGCUCAUGAAGCGCGCCGUCCUCACAGUCGCAUCCACCGAAGCCGGCCUGACCCUCGAUAAGAAGUUCGAGGUUGAGGAGCCCCACGAGGUUACCGAGGAGUCGGUUCUCUCGGAGCUGCACCCCAAGGUGACGACCAGACAAGGAUUUAGCAGACCUAAGCGACCCGGUCGGUAGAUGACCCACGCAUGAACAUGACGUAGAGUGUUUUUGGGAGCUGCGGUGAAAUUGAGUUGACAAAAACUCCUUAAAACUUGAAUGAGACAGGCGCGUGCAGGGCACUGGUAUACACUCACAGGCCUGUAGAUCAGGCUGAUGAUA